AUGGGAGGUGCCCCGUUUCAGUCCAAGGGUUGUACGACAUGCAAACGGCGCAAGAUCAAGUGUGAUCGUCGAGUGCCUGAAUGCGCUCGAUGUAUCAAGUAUGGCGUGAAAUGCGAAGGGUAUGAAGGAGGCCGCAUCUUCUUAUACGAUGCCUCGGUGAAGCCAAGGAUAGCCAGAGCGAAGGUCGCAGCGCAGAAGUCAGAGCCUCAUAGCAAAUUUGUCAACCGGACAUGGGCUUCGUACCUGCCACAAGCGGUCACUACGGCGCCAGCGCGGCGCGCCCAGGUCUUCUCGUCUUAUAUCCAUGUCUUCUUCCCUUCCGACACCAAGACGACCGCCUCCGACGUGGACGGAUGGUACUCUUUGAUCUCUGGAUUUGCUUCCCUUCCCAGCAAAACUAAGAUGCUUGAGAAUGCGCUUUCCGCCAUUGCCUGUUGUUACUUGGGCAAACUUAGACGCGACGAUCCGGUUUUUCGCCAUGGACUUCAGUUGUAUAAUGCAGCGAUCCGCGAUAUGUCGUCCAUGAUAAACAAAGAUGAUUACUGUGAUGACAUUAUCUAUACGACCGUCAUCUUUCAGGAGAUAGAGACAUGCUACAGUCCCCAAGGUCUCAAAGGAUGGCUUGCGCAUAUUGCAGGUACUAAUGCGAUCCUGAGCCACUACCGCAGUAGGGCAGACAGUAGUCCGCUCGUCAGUGCUAUAUAUCAUGAGUAUCAGAAACUGCGCAUAGUAUUCUCGGCCAAGGGUAUCAAUAUGUCCAGAGACGACUAUGACUAUGUCACACAACCCAGUCAAGGGAAUCGUGUAGUCGAAUUACUGGGUCUCUUCGCUGGACUAGCACCAAUAGCCGCCGCAGUUGAAGGAGCACCGCCGUCUGAUCCUGCCGUUCGCCAAAUGCUCCUCCAACAGUCUCUUGCGCACAAGGAUAAACUGGUCAAAUGGUAUGCCCGGCAAAACAUCAGUCAUGGGCCCACGCUGUGUGCCCCUGGUGAAGUAGUAUGCACCAAUCUACCUCAAACAGAUGACCUGUUUGGCACCGCCUAUAGCUAUCCAUCGCUUGACAACGCCAGGCUGCAUACUAUGUUCUGGACACUAUUGAGCAUCACCCACCCUGUGAUUUCCAAGGCCCGAGCCCUUACCAACCCUCCUAGGGAUGAAAGUGUUCAAGUUGAAGAUUCAGACAUCCUGCUUUCAGGUUUCUAUGCAGACCAGAUCGGUCGAUCAGUCCCCUACUUUAUGCAGGACACCAUGAAAUCAUGGGGUGCCCACACCAUGGUCUUCUGUCUUUGCCAAUUGUGCAGGAUUGGUGUUGAUCGCGGAAGCCGUCCCCAAUUUGACUGGUGUCUGCAAGCCUUCGACGUGGUGAUGGAUCGUGGUUUUGGCGCUGCCACUGCUUUGAUCCAAAUCUUUCACGGUAUGUGGUAUAUGAAACAUGGCCCACUGGGUUUACCUCCGCCUGCUGGGAAGGAGAGCGAAAAGCAGAAUGCCCGCGUGACAGAGCUGCCCGAGGCAGUUCCUGAUGUGCUGCGUACACACUGGCAUCGUAGACACAGGACCUAG